UGUAGGCAAUAAUUAAUUUAGUUGGUUGCCAAGCAAAUCAGGCGUUGUCACUGUUCGCCCCCCCAUCUCGUUAGUGUAAUAAUACUCGAUGCUCUCCGUUCCGUUAAUCCACCGACUGCAGGUAACUAAUCUCCAGUCUGUUUCAUGAGCCCGUCAACAUCUUCCAUCGCUCCAUCUCCCAUCGUCUCGAGAGCGCUCAACACAUCAUACACCCAGAUCACUCUCAGGUGCGGCCAUGUCGCGAACAGAACUGGACCGUCCUGAGUCCGUGGAGGAGCAAGAUCCUCAUCGGGCCGACGGCGACAAGAAACAAAAGAGCAAAAGACCGGCUAAUACCGCGUUUCGACAGCAGCGCCUUAAAGCCUGGCAGCCGAUCUUAACGCCCAGAUCCGUUCUGCCCCUCUUCUUCGUUAUAGGGACCAUCUUUGCGCCUCUUGGAGGAGUUCUGCUCUGGGCUAGUUCCCAGGUCCAAGAGAUCGUGAUUGACUACUCCGACUGCAAAACCCAGGCACCCGUUGGGACUUUCAGCCCGAUCCCCGACAAAGUCACAGCUACUUUCAAGUCUACCCAGCAGACUCAAACGCCAUCAUGGCAGCGCACGAUGGUCCAAAGGCCCAUCUUGAAGAACCAGACUACUGUUUGCUCGCUGCUAUUCGAGAUUCCUAAUGACUUGCCACCACCUGUUUUCCUCUACUAUCGUUUGACGAAUUUCUACCAGAACCAUCGCAGAUACGUGCAGUCGCUGGAUCUCGAUCAACUGAUGGGCAAACCUCUUUCGAACAGUACCAUUGCUGGCAGCACCUGUGACCCUCUUACGACCGACCCGGCGACCGGCAAGGCUUACUACCCGUGUGGACUGAUCGCAAACUCCAUCUUCAAUGAUACUAUCUAUAGCCCCGCACUGGUGGGAGUCGAUGCAGGCAACAUCACCUACGAGAUGACGAACAAAGGUAUUGCGUGGGAUAGUGACAAACAAAUUUACAAGAAAACCCAAUAUCAGAACUCACAAGUGCACCCGCCGCCCAACUGGCACGACCGGUAUCCGAAUGGGUACAAUGACGAGACUCCGAUUCCCAACAUCAAUGAGGACGAGGAAUUGAUGGUUUGGAUGAGGACUGCGGGACUGCCGUCGUUCAGCAAACUGUCAAGACGCAAUGACACCACUCCGAUGAAAGCUGGCGUGUACCGUUUAGACAUUGACGACUACUUCCCGGUUACCGAAUAUAGCGGCACCAAAUCGAUCUUAAUCUCGACGCGCACUGUCAUGGGAGGCAGGAAUCCCUUCAUGGGAAUCGCUUACGUUGUUGUUGGUGGCAUCUGUAUCGUGCUUGGCGCUCUUUUCACGGUCGCACAUCUGGUGAAGCCGAGGAAAAUGGGCGAUCACACCUACCUGACCUGGAACAACGACCAACAUGCUACAGCGGUCACCACCGGUCGUGAUGACCGGUUCGGUUCGCAUGCUCUUUGAAGGGUCUAUUAUAUAUUCGGCCAUAUUCUAUUUUGUUUUCCUUAGUCUCUGGAUGGGCCUUGGUUCUUCGUGGCGUUCAUUGCGGACUUAACCCUUUUUUAUCGUAAACUCGCAGAAUGUAUUUCUAUGAGUCGGCUACAGGUAUUCCCUUUUUUUUCUGUCUCUUGUAGAUGUGGUUCAUAUGGAAAGGAGGGAGCAUGACACGCUUGGCUCCCCGCAAAUAAUAUAACCUGGCUUCCCUCCUUGAUACAGCAUUCCAGGCGCGUCGCCAUGUUUUGUGUUUCUGCUACUACAUUCCAUUCAAGUCACCAGAACUUAUUGGCGUUAUAGUUGAAAAAUAAAGAUGUUUUAAAACCACCAC